AUGACGUUCAUCGACUGUGUGGAGAAGUGUUUUGACUCCCACCUAACUCUGCCUUUAAGAAAAUGUUUUGAUUCUUAUCCCUCUCUCUCUCUCUCUCUCUCUCUCUCUUGCCAACUUGACUUGACUUCGACGCUAGGAUUCGAGCCGAAUCACAACGCGUGUUCGCUCGCCUGGCAGCUAUAUGAUCUUCGCAUGAAGCACAGAAAGGCUACUGUUGAAUUUCAACAGUUGAAUCAAGCCGAAGGGGUUGUCAUUCUCAGGAAAAGGACGAGAUCAUUGGAGCGGCGGUUGCUUGAGAGCCUUGUAGCCGUGCAAAACAUGAAGCAACUGCUCGAUGCUGGCCAAGCGUCGGCGCAACUCGAAAAGACUGCCAUGCUCAUGAAAAAUCGCCUUGACGAGUGCAAGAACGUCAUGCAGGGCGUAUUUGAUGCAGGAGCUGCUUUGGGCGAGUACGCUGCCGUCCUGCACACUGUAUCUGAGAUUGAGACCGCUUUUAACAGCUUGCAACUUACCAAGCCACUGCUAGCCCUGAAGGCUUUGGGCGACGACGAUGACGAUGACCUGUAGCUUUGCGAUUGUUUUUGUCCCAUUGAGGCGAUGCCUGAAAGAUUGAGUCAAUUGGUCAAGCCAUCCUAAUGAGAUCGUGUUGCUGGUCGUAUCAGUGAAGAGACUCUCAUCGACAGAGCAAAGCUGCCACGCCUCAAAAAAAUUGCAUUUGCAUCUUC